GUCCCGGGGGAUGGGGGAUGGGGAUCGAGGGGAUGUGCCGUGUUUAUCUACUUUUUUUCUCCCCUAUCUAGGCUCGGCAAGGUUUGUUGUGGCUUAUCCAGGAAAUUUCAUGGGCACUUGGUCCAGUUUGAGAGGGUUGGGCAGCUGAGCUGACCACUUACAGACCGCCUGUAUCGAGCCCCCAUGCCCGUAGUCCAAAUACGAGGCUUGUCCUCAGGGACUUGCAUACGACCCUGGCUCCCCUGAACCUCCUCCAUUGGAUCUCCCAUGCGGCUGAGACCCCGAGAGUCAAUAGUAAGUUAAGUGAUAGCAAUAAGUACCUUGUGUCUCCAUCUCUUUUCGGACGUUCUCUCUUUUUCCCUUGUUGCAUCUCGUGUUGCCAGUGCAGCCCUACACUCGUUUGUCGAUAUACUUGUAUCGUAUGCUCGAUCUUUUUUUCUUCAAUAAUAUUUAAUUAUGAAGCUUUGUCCGACUGUUGUGGGCUUAAUUGCCGUCUUUGCGGGACUGGGAGUUGCGGCGCCAACAUGGCCGUCUGCCAUUGACGAGCUGGAAGAUGUUAUGUUUCUGAAUGCGGGCUACAAGAGCAAGGGUUUCGGAGGUCAUGUCACGCCUUGCUCGCUAUCGGAAUUUGGAGUUGGACGACAAACGGCUGCGGAAUGGUUACGGAUCGCUUUCCACGAUAUGGCCACGACGAAUGUUUUCUUCGAACCACAUGGAGGAAUCGACUCUUCAAUAGCUUGGGAGUUGAGCAAUGGCGAGAACCUGGGCCCCGGAUUCGUUAGCACGUUGCAGACAUAUUCUGCGUUGUACAAUAGUCGCUUAUCUGUGUCCGACCUCAUCGCCUUGGGAGUAUAUGCAUCUGUCCGAGCAUGUGGCGGUCCGGUUGUGCCUAUCCGUGGAGGGCGGAUCGAUGCCACAGCUGCAGGUCCUAUGGGAGUGCCUCAGCCACAGAACCCCCAAGGAACAUUCAUCAAUCAGUUCGCGAGAAUGGGUUUCAAUACCGUCGAUAUGAUUCAGAUGACUGCUUGUGGACAUGCUAUCGGAGGAGUUCAUAGCGAGUUCUUCCCAGAGAUUGUGCCUGCAGGAACUGCACCAAACGGAUACGCGCUUUUCGACAAUACUCUGGAAUUCGACAACAAUAUUGCUACCCGAUAUAUCAGUGGGCCCAACACUGAUCCUCUGUCUGUCGGGCCGUCUGUUGCAGCUACUCGAAAUGCUGAUACUGUAGUUUUCACUGCGGAUAAGAAUGUUACCAUCCAGGCAAUGACAAACCCGACCACUUUCAACUCCGUGUGCUCGUCAAUUUUGCAAAGGAUGAUCGACACAGUUGCACCAACCGUGAACCUCUCGGACGCACUCGCACCAUAUGAAGUCAAGCCCAGUGGAAUCCAGCUCACUUUGCUGUCAGGUGGUGCUCAGAUCACCUUUUCUGGGGACAUCCGAGUCAGGACUACCACCAGACCUGCUUCGUCCAUUCUCAAUGUCCAGAUUAUCUACAAGGACCGCACGGGAGGAGUUGGAGGUACCAUCACUACCACGACUGUUAGCGGAACAGCCACUGGAUUCGAUGACAGCUUCACGUUCUACGGCUUCAGUGCCAACAUUCCAGCGACAACGUCUAUUUCGUCAUUCAAUGUCAUUGUCGUAGGCACGGGCGGACUUUCAACCACCUACGCCAACAAUGGUGCUGGGUUCCCGAUUCAGGACUCCGUCAUCGCCUUGGCUCCUCAGAGUUGUCUCAGCGGCACUAAUCUCACAGUCGUUGCUGCCGUCCGCACUGGAGUUACUUCUCCUGUGUCAUUGGGCGUCAGUCAAAAGGUUUCUCGAACUGGAGGUGUUCCCGUCCCAGCUUUGUCCAACUCAACAGUCCCCAUGGUCAAGGGGGCGACCAUUGGGCCAUAUGCAAUCUACAGCGGUAGCUCUACCAUCGCUUCUGCCGCUGGCACGAAGUAUGGAGUGAGAAGUGGCACUUUCGCCGAUGAUUUCAAGGAUCCCGCCUCACUCGGAACAUCAUGUGCCUCUCUCGGAACUGUUGCGCCAAGCAGUACUUCCAGCUCUGUAGUUUCAACUUCGCGAUCGUCAACAUCUUCGCGGGCAUCAUCCACGACCUCUUCGACUGCUGUUCCCACCCCAGUGCACAAGCCAAUCGUGGGCAAAUAUACUUUCCAAGGUUGCUUUACGGAAGGCACAGGCGUUCGGGCUCUUGCCGGCGCAGCUUUCGUUGACUAUGCAAACAUGACUUCGGAGAUGUGCGCCUCAAACUGUGCUGCAUACGUCUACUGGGGUAUUGAAUAUUAUGGGGAGUGUUACUGUGGAAAUGAGCUCGCUGCUUCUUCAACACAAGCUCCUUUGGAGGAUUGCAAUUUCAUCUGUCCCGGAAAUCCCAAUGAGUACUGCGGUGCUGGCAAUCGGUUGGAGCUGUAUAUGCUCACCUCGGUUGCUACAAGCUCACGGUCAUCCAGCUCAGCCCGAUUCACAAGCUCAGUUCGGUCCAGCUCUGUAUCAUCACGGUCCUCAACGGUACCAACCUCGACGCCAACUCCUGCUGUCAAAGCCGUCGUUGGUAGUUAUGUUCACCAAGGAUGUUACACUGAAGGCGACGGUGUGAGAGCUUUGUCAGGGGCACAAUAUGUCGACUAUGUUGGCAUGACUCUUGAGAUCUGUGCCUCGAAAUGUGCUGGAACUACCUAUUUUGGAGUCGAGUACGGUGGAGAAUGCUACUGUGGUCAAACACUUGAUGCCACCUCCGUUCUAGCUGCGAACCAACUCGAUUGUAGCUUUAUCUGCCCAGGCGACGGGAGCGAAUACUGUGGAGCAGGCAACAGGCUAGAGUUGUACAAACUCGGCUCGGUGUCAUCCAGCAGCAGCCGAGUGACUUCGACAUCAAGCGUUCGUUCUACUUCUUCCACACGUGUCUCAACAACAAGCACGCAGAGUGGUUCUUCAUCUCGAUCAUCAACGGCGGUUUCAAGUUCAAGGAGUUCCUCAUCUUCUCGUACUUCCACGUCCAGCUCUAGGCUGUCGGCUUCAACUACUCGAUCCUCUUCCACAUCUCGAUCUACUUCCACAUCUCGUUCCACUUCCACGUCACGAUCGAGUUCAAGAAGCUCAUCAACGCUCCGAUCUAGCACGACUAAUACAUCAAAGUCCUCGUCUUUGACGGGAGCGAGCUCAAGCAGCACGAGACUUAGUUCAAGUACAACGAAGCCUGCCAGCUCGAGCUCAGCAAGCUCAACAGCUGUCCCAACCCUUCGCAUCGUACCAUCAGCAGGUGGCUAUAACUACCUAGGUUGCUACACAGAAGGAGAUGGUGUCCGUGCUCUUGGUGCUGCAUCUUUCCCAAGUGAUACUAAUACUGUCGAAUCUUGUGUGGCAUCUUGCGCUGGAUUCAAAUACGCUGGAAUGGAAUAUGGACGAGAAUGUUGGUGUGCAGAUGAGUUCGGAGCCGGAUCCGUUCUUGUUCCAAAUGCAGACUGUUCCAUGACCUGCGCAGGCGACCAAUACGCCUAUUGUGGUGCCGGAAACCGUCUUCAAGUCUACCAAAAAGCCGGCACAGGCUCUCCCAGCACAUCAAGCAGCCGUUCUGUUUCUACCACCAAGCCUGCCAGCUCAACAAGCAGGGUGGCGUCCAGCACCUCAAAGCCAGCCAGCUCAAGCACGAAGACCUCGUCUGCAGCGCCGCAGGGAACGCCCGCUAUUAAGCCAACUGUUGGCGCAUACAGCUACUAUGGAUGCCAGACGGAGGCUACUGGAGUGAGGGCUCUGAAUGGAGGGUUCUUCUUUAAUGAGACUUCUAUGACGUUAGAGAUGUGUGCGUCGAACUGUGCAGGAUUCAAGUACUGGGGUGUCGAGUAUGGUGCUGAGUGCUACUGUGGAAACGAAUUCCAGGCAGGGAGUGUCACAGUUCCGCAGGCUGACUGCAGCUUCCUAUGUCCGGGUAAUGCAUUAGAAUAUUGUGGAGCAGGUAAUCGAUUGUCUACUUACGUUUUGACGGUUUGAAUGAAGAGGCGGGUCGUGGGAGGCGGCUUUGGACUUGCAGGAAAUGAAGGGAUUGAUUGGAAGUUGACGAGAGUCUGAAAUUUUGGCGAUUUAGCUAGACACUGAAGGCUUGGUGCUUCUGUCCUUGAGCAUAUAGCACGCCCCUACAGAGCAUUUAAUGACGGCUGAGGGGUAAUAAAUUACUUCUAUUCAUGUUACCAGAUGCCAGGAAUUUUGGGCAGUCCCCAGAGAUGUGUGUGCAAGCCUGUGGAUACUGAUUCUGGAAGCGAAUCAAUGUCCUUGAGCCAAUUGUGUGUCUCUCGGUCGUCGUUACGGUGCCUAUGUCAAGGUUGGCUGGCUAGACAGGCCGACUGGUACAGAAUCUUCGUCUCUCGCCUAUCUCGCCCUACGUACGACGUAUGACCUCGAAAGCUUCCCAUUUAGGUAGCACAAGCCGUGUUGCAAGGUACUAAGAAUGUAAG